AUGGCUGCCUCGACUUCUUCUCAACCGCCCGCCGGCCAGGAGACGGUGGAAUGGCCGGCGUUGCGCGUGCGUGACACAUUCCUCGACUACUUCAAGAAGAACGGCCACACGUUUGUGCCGUCGUCUUCGGUCGUCCCGCUGUCGGAUCCCACGCUGCUGUUCGCCAACGCGGGGAUGAACCAGUAUAAGAGUAUCUUCCUAGGCACCGUCGACCCCAAUUCCGAUUUUGCUCAGCUGAAACGUGCGCAUAACUCGCAGAAGUGUAUUCGUGCCGGUGGAAAACAUAAUGAUCUCGACGAUGUUGGAAAGGACAGCUAUCAUCAUACCUUUUUUGAGAUGCUGGGAAACUGGAGUUUUGGAGACUACUUCAAAAAGGAGGCCAUCCAAUUUUCUUGGGAGCUUCUCACCAAAGUCUACGGUUUAGACCCUGAUAGACUCUACGUUACCUAUUUUGAAGGCAACGAGGCGGCCGGCGUUGGCCCCGAUAUAGAGGCAAGAGAUAUAUGGCGGAGUGUUGGUGUGAAAGAUGACCAUAUCCUCACAGGUGACAUGAAGGACAAUUUCUGGGAGAUGGGAGACCAGGGCCCCUGCGGACCUUGUAGUGAGAUCCAUUAUGACAGAAUUGGAGGUCGAAACGCCGCCCAUCUCGUUAACCAGGAUGACCCAGAUGUGCUCGAGAUCUGGAAUAACGUGUUUAUACAGUAUAACCGAGAGCCGGACAGGUCCCUACGGCCACUGCCCAACCAACACGUCGACACUGGUCUAGGAUAUGAGAGACUGGUAUCAAUCCUCCAGAACAAGUCAUCGAACUAUGAUACCGAUGUAUUCUCCCCUCUGUUUGCCGCCAUUCAAAAUAUCACAGGUGCUCGGCCGUACACCGGUAACUUUGGUGCUCAGGAUGUCGACGGAAUAGAUACCGCUUACCGAGUGGUCGCUGACCAUCUUAGAACACUCACCUUUGCCAUUACCGAUGGAGCUGCACCCAACAACGAAGGACGAGGGUAUGUUGUCCGUCGAGUCCUCCGAAGAGGUGUACGGUAUGCCAGAAAAUACAUGCAGGUCGAGAUUGGCAGCUUCUUCUCAAAGCUUGUCCCCGCCCUCGUAGAACAGAUGGGCGACAUGUUUCCAGAAAUCAAACGAAAACAAAACGAUGUCAUGGAGAUCCUCGACGAAGAGGAAGUCUCCUUUGCCAAAACUCUUGACCGAGGUGAACGCCAGUUUGAAACCUAUGCUCAGCAAGCAUUGGACUCUGGUGCCGGAAAGCUUCAUGGUGCUGAUGUCUGGCGGCUAUACGAUACCUUCGGCUUCCCAGUUGACCUUACUCGCCUAAUGGCAGAAGAGAGACAACUGACAAUUGACGACGCUGAGUUUGAAGAGGCACGUCUCAAGGCCAAGGAGGCCAGUAAGGGUCAAGCCAAAGCUGCCUCUGAUCUUCUCAAACUAACUGUUCACACUUUGAGCACGCUUGAGAAGAACGGUGUGCCAAAGACCAACGAUGAUGCCAAGUUUGGAAAGGGAAACAUUGUUGCCAACAUCAAGGCUAUCUGUCAUGGAAAGGAGGUCAUUGACUCAACUAAAGAUAUUCCCGCUGAUGAGCAGAUUGGCAUCAUCCUCGACAAGACCAACUUCUACGCCGAGCAGGGUGGUCAGGAGUACGAUACUGGCAAGAUCGUUAUUGAUGGUCAGGCUGAGCUAGAUGUUCAAAACGUCCAAAUGUACGGUGGUUACGUUCUACAUACUGGCUUCAUCAAGUACGGUAACUUCUCCGUCAAUGACUCCGUCAUUGCAGAAUACGAUGAACUGCGUCGAUGGCCAAUUAGAAACAAUCAUACCGGCACCCACAUUCUCAACUUUGCCCUCAGAGAGGUCCUAGGUGAUGGUAUCGACCAGAAAGGUUCUCUUGUUGCUGCCGAGAAGCUGCGAUUCGACUUUUCCCACAAAUCCGCUAUCUCAGACAGUGACCUGGAGAAGAUUGAAUCCAUGUCUACUGACUAUAUCCGUCAGAAUUGUGCUGUCUACUCACAGGAAGUGCCUCUCUCAACUGCCCGUGAAAUCACUGGCGUGCGUGCCGUGUUUGGAGAGACGUAUCCCGAUCCUGUCCGUGUAGUAUCCGUCGGUGUCGAGCUUGACGAGAUUCUAAAGAACGUCAAGGAUCCCCGCUGGGAAGCCGUCAGCAUCGAGUUCUGCGGUGGCACUCAUGUCCAAAAGACUGGUGACAUCAAGGACCUUGUCAUUCUCGAAGAGAGCGGUAUUGCCAAAGGAAUUCGCCGUAUCAUCGCCGUAACGGGCGAAGAUGCACAUGAAGUCCAGCGUGUUGCUCGCGAAUUUGGUGAACGUCUCAACCGCUUCGAAAAGAUGUCUGCCGGCCCCGAGAGGGACGCUGAGAUUAAGAGCCUACAGGUUGAUCUUAACCAGCUUACAAUCUCUGCCGUUGAGAAGACCAAAUACCGCAACCAGUUCACCCAAAUCCAUAAAAAGAUUACGGAUGCCCAGAAGGCCGCUCAGAAGGCUGAGGUAAAGACUGCUAUCGACACUAUCUCUACAUACUUUGAAGAAAACAAGGACAGCCCGUCGCUGGUUAUCAAACUGCCUAUCUCUGCAAACCAGAAGGCAAUUAGCGAAUCAUUGACUCAUGUCAAGACAAAAUUGAGCGGUAAAGCGCUGUACGUCUUCGCCGCCGAUGGAUCCAAGGUUGCCCACGGAUGUUACGUGACUCCCGACCUUACUACCAAGGGUGCAUCAGCUAAUGAAUGGGCCAGUGCCGUAUCCAGCAUCGUAGGAGGCAAAGCGGAGGCAAGGCACCCGUCGCGAUCGGCAACGGCACUAAGGUCAACAAAGUCGACGAGGCUUUGGAUGAAGCCACAAAAUAUCUGGAGAAAUUCAAACUCUGAUUGGGUUUCUCGCCCCUGUUGA